UACACUUUUGUUUUACUUGAGAAUGUAUACUAAUUAGUAGUAGUAGCAUAAUUUACGAUCACUAAAUAGUUAUCAAUAUCAUGUUUGCGUGGACCUAAACGGUUGUCCAGUUCUUUCGACGAAGUUCCAGUGUGAAGACCAGUUCAGGUGACUUGAUGUUGACACCUGAACUCUAAAUAUAGUGCACACAAUCUGAAAUCUUUGGUGUGAGGGUUAAGAUCGUACUUGGGGCAGUGUUCCAUCAAGGCAGCAGAUUCUGCUUGCUGGUGAGUACUGACUCGUUUGAAACCAAAGCCUAGAAAUUCUUCCUAACUGUCUCCAGCUACAGAACACCAAAAAUUAAUUACAUAUGUUAUCGACAAUAACUUUAGAAUAACUACUAAUUGAUCAGUGUAGAGAGUAUAAUGCAGCUCAUUUGGAUGAGUUAGUUUAGAUAGAGUUUCCUGAGCUAGAUAGUUUGAGAACGAACGGAGCUUGGCAACACGGGCGCGUCAUGUGAAGUUUGAACCUAGUAUCACUGUAUAAGAUAUUGCCAACAAUUAUUAACACGACAGCCUGUACCGGCCCAUAUGGCGAAUUAUCUCAUUUCUCUUUUGUUUCUUUCUUACCCCAGAUGAAAAGUAGUAUGUCUGAAGAAGAAAAGUGGUGGCAUCCAAACAAAUUACCACCAAGUGGUUACCAAUCCAAUAUUUCUCAAGAUCAUGAUAGAAAAUCAUUUUAUCCAUUCAAUAGUGAAUUGGGUUAUAGAAUUUUCAAAAGAAUAAUAGAAAUGAAGCGAACAGGUAUGGAACAGCAAAACAAUGAAGAAAAUACAUAUCGUCCAAAAUAUUUUAAUCAAAUGAAUAAAGAUGAGCGUUUUCUUUUGAAGCAAGGUGUUUGUUCGCAGAAACCUAACUCAAUUUCGUCGAACUCUGCAUUCAAUCAAUUUAGAUCCAUAGAAAAUAUGCCAGAAUUUCAUUUAAAUCUAAAAUGUGAUAUCGAUGAUCUAGAGGCAUCGUAGUUUGUGUGGUAUUUGUUUUGUGAAAGGAAAUCCUUGUCACAUUAUGUUGAAUAUAUUGUGUUUGGUUAAAUAAAUAUUCAUUAGAGUGUAUU